AUGAACCUUGCAUCCUCGGUGCGCGUCAGCGCGGCGCCGCCGGCGCGCACGCAGCGCGCCAGCGGCCUCUGCGCCCACCUCGACGUGCGCGUCGCGGCCGUUCCCGACUCCCUGGUCGGCCUCGGGCUCUUCUUCACGCCUGGAUUGGCCAUCCUGGCCUACGCUGCCGUCCUCGGGAAGGGCGACGUGCGCGACGGCCUGUCGCGCUUCAUCACCCAAGUGUCCGCCGGCUACUUCCAGCCGAACCUAGGCGGCGAGAACAUCCCCGGCGUGGACGCCAAGGUCGACGUGCUCGACGGCAGCGAGCCGCUCUUCAAGCCCCUGUUCAACUGGUACCUGGAGGCCGGGGCCUGCUACAAGCUCGCGUUUGGGCCCAAGGCCUUCCUCGUGGUGUCGGACCCGGUCAUCGUCCGGUACAUCCUGCGCGAGAACGCGUUCAACUUCGACAAGGGCGUCCUCUCCGAGAUCCUCGAGCCCAUCAUGGGCAAGGGCCUCAUCCCCGCGGACCUCGAAACGUGGAAGCCGCGGCGCCGCGCCAUUGUGCCGGCCUUCCACAAGGCGUACCUGAACGCGAUGAUGCGCAUGUUCGGCGCCUGCACCAUGCGCUCCAUCGAGAAGCUCGAGGCCUGCCUGGACACGGGCAAGGGGUCCGGUCUGCUGGAGAUGCGCGGCGGGAAGCCCGUGCUGGACAUGGAGACGGAGUUCCUCAACGUGGCGCUCGACAUCAUCGGGCUCGGGGUGUUCAACUACGACUUCGGGUCGUGCACGAGCGAGUCGCCCAUCAUCAAGGCCGUGUACGGCGUCCUGAAGGAGGCCGAGCACCGGUCGACGUUCUACAUCCCCUACUGGGACCUCCCGGGGGCGUCGGUGAUCGUGCCGCGUCAGCGCGCGUUCCGCCAGCAGAUGGCUGUUAUUUCAGAGGCGCUCGACGAGCUGAUUGAGCUGGCGAAGGAGUCUCGCGAGGAGACGGACGCGGAGGCCCUGCAGGCGCGGGACUACGACAACAUCAAGGACCCCUCGCUGCUGCGCUUCCUGGUCGACUCGCGCGGGGAGGACAUCUCCACGAAGCAGCUCAGGGACGACCUGAUGACCAUGCUCAUCGCCGGCCACGAGACCACCGCGGCCGUGCUCACGUGGUGCGCCUUCCAGCUCGCCCAGAACCCCGAGGUCGAGGCCAAGCUCCACGACGAGAUCGACAGGGUGGUCGGCGACCGCGUGCCGACGAUGGAGGACGUGGACAAGAUGCCGUACCUGCGCGCGUGCCUGGCAGAGUCCCUCCGCAUGUACCCGCAGCCGCCCAUCAUGAUCCGCCGCGCCCUCGCGGACGACGUCCUCCCCGGCGGCCUCUCGUCCGACGUCGCCCCCGACGGCUUCCCCAUCGCCAAGGGCGCGGACAUCUUCAUUUCUACCUGGAACCUGCACCGCUCGCCGAAGCUCUGGAAGGACCCCGACACGUUCCGGCCGGAGCGGUUCACGGAGAAGAUGGAGUGCCCCGCGGAGUGGGCCGGCCGCGGGUGGGAGGGCUUCGACCCCGAGCGCACGCCCAACGCGCUGUACCCGAACGAGACGAUGGCGGACUUCGCCUUCCUGCCGUUCGGAGGCGGCGUGCGGAAGUGCGUGGGGGACCAGUUCGCGCUGCUGGAGGGCGCGGUGUGCCUGUCGAUGAUGGCGCGGCGGUUCAAGUUCCGGCUGGCGACCACGCCGGAGGAGGUGGGGAUGGCGACGGGCGCGACCAUCCACACGGGCAACGGGCUGAAGAUGAUGGUGGAGCGGCGGAGCGCGGCGGGGGCGGAGGCGCCCGCGCAGUCGCCGCCGGCGGUCGCAAGCACGUGA